AUCAUUAUUUUUAAAUUUGUUUUGAUUUCGAUUAUGUCUUGAGUAAGGAUAAAAUUAACUUUAAGAAAUAACAGGCUUUGUUAUCAAAAAUGUAGUAUUCUCCACAUUUCAGUCAGUCUAUAUGGUUAAAUUUAUGACGACAAUUUGGCUAAAAAGCUAAUCUACAUCUCUAAGGAUAACCUAAAAGUAGUAGUGUUAAAAAUAUUGAAUCUGCUUUCAUCUGUCUAUUUUCUUUAAUUGAGAAGUGAUUUAACUUUAUUAAUCAAAGCUUAGUAUGUAUCAAUUUUUUAAAUCCACUCUAUCUGUUUCAAAAUUAAGCACUAACAUUAUUCAAAAAUUACUCGGAUCUCGUCUGCAGAUCAGAUGGAAUUCAAAAAAUUCAAAAGAUGAUAAUUUAAAAAAUAUACGUAACAUUGGUAUUAUUGCCCACAUUGACGCAGGUAAAACAACCACCACAGAAAGAAUGUUAUAUUACUCAGGAUUCACUAAUAUGAUGGGAGAAGUUCAUGAUGGUGACACAGUAAUGGAUUACAUGAUUCAAGAGAGAGAACGUGGCAUCACAAUAUCGUCUGCUGCUAUAACAUUUCAAUGGAAAAAUCAUAAAAUAAACUUAAUUGACACACCCGGGCAUGUGGAUUUUACUUUUGAAGUAGAACGUUCAUUAAGUGUUCUGGAUGGAGCUGUUGUCAUAUUAGAUGCAUCAGCUGGAGUAGAAGUUCAGACAUUGAAAGUUUGGGAACAAGCAAAUCGAUAUGGUGUUCCAAGCAUAAUAUAUUUAAAUAAAUUAGAUAAACCUGCAGCAGACAUUGACAUGUGCUUGUCAUCUAUUAAAAAAAAGUUGAAAGUAAAACCACUCUUGUUACACACACCUGUUGGAAAAGGUAAAGAAUUUGAAGGAGUUGUUGAACCACUUUUUCUGAAAAAACACUUGUGGAGCAGAAAAGGUAUUGAAAAAGAUGGGGUGAAUUUUUUAUCCCAGGAUUUAUCUUGUAAUCAAGAAGAUUCUAAUUUUAAACUUAUCAUGGAAGAAAGAACAAAAAUCAUUGAAAAUGUUGCUGAUUUAGAUGAUAUAUUGGCAGAUAAGUAUUUAACAGAAGGUAUUGAAUGCUUAAAUACUGUAGAUUUACAAAGUGCUUUAAAACGUAUUACUGUAAAGAAAAUUGCAAUUCCUGUAUUUUGUGGAAGUUCUUAUAAAAAUAUUGCUGUUCAAUUACUAAUGGAUGCAAUUGUUGCUUAUCUUCCAAGUCCUUGUGAAAGAAACCGUGAUGUUUUCAGUCUUGAUACAGAUGAACUGUGUGCUUUAGCUUUUAAAAUAAUUCAUAAUAAAAAUAAAGAACCCUUGACAUUUUUAAGACUCUAUUCUGGCUGCUUAAAAAGUGGUCAACGUGUUUAUAAUAAAGGUAAGGGUAUCUUUGAAAAAGUAGGCAAACUUAUGGUGCCUUUAGCUGAUAAUUUCAAAGAAGUUCCAUUCUCCUCCUCAGGAAAUAUUGUUGUAGCCACAGGUUUCAAGGAAGUUGUUACUGGAGAUUUGUUAUUUUCUUCAGGUUCCUAUGCAUCAAAAAUUUUUUCAGAGCAAAGUGAUGUAUUAGGCCCUUUGAUACAGGUUCCAGACCCUGUUUUCUUUUGUACUAUUGAACCUCCUUCAGUCGGAUUUCAGAAACGUUUAGAAUUUGCUUUGCAGUGUUUGCAACGCGAAGAUCCAACAUUUCAAGUCGAAUUUGAUGAAGCAAUUGGACAAACUAUUAUAAUGGGAAUGGGUGAAUUGCACAUUGAUGUAAUCAAAGAAAGAAUUCGUGUUGAAUAUGGCAUCAAUGUAUAUUUAGGUCCCCUUCAGAUAGCAUAUAGAGAAACUCUUGGGAAAAUUGUCGAACACACCCAUGUUCUUGAUAGAGCUAUUAGUGGAUCCAAACAUUUUGCUAAAAUCACAAUGAAACUUUAUCCUCAGAAAUCUUCCUUAAAACAUAUCAAUGUGAUAGUAACUAAAGAUAAUAAUUUAGGGAAAAUACGAUCUGAUUAUUUAAAAGCUAUUAAUGAAGGCAUAAAAAGUGCUUUAAACAAUGGACCUCUUCUGAGUUUUCCUGUUAUUGAUGUUGGAAUUGAUUUACUUUGGCUUGAAGUAGGGAAAGGUACUUCCUUAACUAUGUUAUCUGCAGCUGCUUCACAGUGUGUCAUGGCUGCCUUACGAAAGUCAGAAAUGUGUCUUUUAGAACCAAUCAUGAAGCUAUCCAUUGGUGUCAAUAAAGGGUAUGCUGGUAGAGUUUUAAAUGAUUUGUCGCAGAAACGUAGUCAAAUCUUAAACAUGGAACUGCGUGAUGAUGUAGAAAUAAUACAAGCUCUAACUCCUCUUUCAGAACUUAGAGGGUAUUCUACUCAACUUCGAGCUUUAACUUCUGGUACAUGCUCCUUUACUUUAGAAUUUUCAAAUUAUCAAAAAAUGGAAUCUAGUGAGCAGGAAAAAACUAUAUUGGAAGUCACUGGUUUCCACUCUUUGUGAUGAAAGAUUUCAUUUGAUUAUUUAGUAUUUAUUAAUUAAUAAUAAAGGAUUGGCAUUUAAUUUUUUUUAAAAAAUAGGAUUGUCUUUCUUUAAACUAUAUAUAAACAGGGUAAACAGAUGUUUGUUUUCUGCUUGUAAGUUUGAAGCCUGCUCAUAAGUUGGUGCUACAUUUCAUGAAUUCUGUCUUUUUCACUGCUCAUUAAUACCAAUUUUUUAACAUUAGUACAUAUAUUAAAAUGAUUAUUAGUUUAUUUUCAAUGGAAUGAUUUUAAUUAAACAACCUUUUGAUCUUUAUUCAUGAUUAGUAAGUCUUUGAAUUGUAAACAAUUGACUGAGAAUUUUUGUCUGGAAAGAAUGUAUCUUAAAUUUAAAAUAUAUGUAUAUAUAUUAAAUGAUUAUUUAAG